CAGCCAUGUGCUCUAAGGAGAUAAUACUCUUGGUCAUCAUUCUACAUAGGAUGAUAUAUGCUAUUGGAAAAACAACUGUCCAUCAGCCUGACUCCGUGAUUACAGCUCGGCUGGGGGAGUCUGUGACUCUAAACUGCACAUUUACUCAUGAUGCUCAGCAGUACAUGUCCUGGUAUAAACAGAGGCCGGGUGAGAUGCCAGUAGCGUUGGUCACGGCACAGACUUUAUCAGCCAUUGAGUUCCAGAGUGGCUUCAAUGCAUCCGAUUACACAGUAAAGAAGGAUAAAGGCAUCUUUCACCUCACCAUCAACAGGACUACUGUGUCAGAUGAAGCAUUUUAUUUCUGUGGACUUACUAAAUUCUUUCAUGCUGUGUUUGGAAAUGGAACUUUUGUAGCAUUGACAGAUCACAGAAAUCACAGGCUGGACUUAAGUGCAGAGAUCCAAACCUCAGUACCAGACCCAGUUGACCCAGAAAACCCGAAGACCCUGGAGUGCACUGUACUUACUGAGACCAGAACCACAGAGCUCAGUGUGUUCUGGUUCAGACCCAGUUCAGGAGGUUCUCAUCCUGUGAAUAUUUACAUCCAGAAGAACUGCAGCAGUGAGUCUGGUUCUGGUUUUGGUUCUCACACUCAGAGCUGCGUCUACAGACUUCCUGUGGGUCACACAUCUGAUUCUGGAACAUUCUACUGUGCUGUGGCCUCAUAUGGUCAGUUACUGUUUGGGAACCAAGUAACGCUGGAUAAGAAACAAACAGACUCUGUGGAUCCCGUGAUAGUUAGCUUGGCGGCAGCAUUGGCCCUGUGUAUUGUAGUAAUAAUCGUCCUAGCCAGUUUAAGUUGCAGAAGGACGACAUGUAAAGACUGCAAAGCAGCACACCACACUGCAGGACACAACCCCCUCAGGGCACAAGCAGCGGGUCAGGGCCAUGAGGAAGAGGUGCUUAACUACGCAGCCCUGCAAUUCACUAAAGGGAAAAGCAACAGCGGCCAAAAGAAGAAACGACCAGCCCAGGAGAGCACAUACUCUGGUGUUAGGUCCUCUAGGCUCUAAAUACUGUUUAAAGCCCCAGAAGAGCACCCACAUCUCCUAACACCAGUGAUUGUUAAGAUAUUUCAUCAGAAGCCACUUUGGGAAUCGGACGGGAGUAAAAACCCAUAUGCAGAGCAGAGUUCCAUUGAAGUCUAUGGCCUUUACCACCAGCCCUCCCUUCCCCCUUUGUGAGAAAAGUAACUUUUCUGAAUCUAUACUCUUACCGCAAUGUUUUUACAAACAGCAUGUGUAACCAGUUAGGCAUGGAAAUUGUGGUCUAACAACUGCAGUCUGCAGUCAGUUUGUGCACAGACAUGCACAGCGCAAGUGAUGUUUCAAGUGCACUGACUAGCAGAGCAAAUAGCCGCCAGGGAGGUGAUGUCUGUGGCACAGUAUGUGAGGGUGCCUACCUCUGCCCAAUCAGACUGGCUGAACAUCUUCAUUGUUUUGU